CAAAUAUUUUCAUGGGAAAAUGUUUAAUGAAUAUAUGCUUCUUUUUGUUUCCCCUUCCUUGCCUCUCAGGUUACACGGGAUUUUUCCCCGGUCCGCGAAAGGGGGGGGGGAGUUAUGCCGAGAUAAAAUUCCCAACCGGGUACCGGGAUUUGAACUCGAAAUAUUUUAAACAUCUCGGUUUUCAGGUUGACAGGAUAACGAAGCGCGGUGCUGUGCACUGGCAUUAGCCCACUCGGCCACUCACCCAAUUAAAUUUCUACUGAUAAUGAUCUAUGAUCUAGACUUCUGUCCAUUUACCCUGACUAUUUCUUAUAUGGAUUUAAUGCCUGCUGUAAGGUUUCUUGAAACAUUCUAAGCUAUUAGCGCCUUCCAUAUUUCGUCCCUUGUCGGAGUCAAAUGCUGAUCCGAAGGCCAAAUAAGACGAGAUACAUAUUAUUAUCCCAAUCCUAGGAUAUUUUUCAGUACAUUUCUGAGGGUGAAUAUGUGAUCCGGUGUUUGUCAUUGUGGUCGGAAACCUGCUUGCUCCUCUCUUUUGAGUGGCUCCACCAGAGAUCUCAGUCUUUUUUCAAGGAUGAAUGUAUUUUUAUAUCACUGGGGGUAGGCAAAUGAGCCUGUAGUUGUAGCAUUCUGCAUGACUACCUUUCUUGUGUACGGGAUGUGUAUAUUUCUAUCCUACAGAAAUCGUCUUAUUUUCUCAGGCUUUUUAAAAAAGUAUUGGAGAUAUCUCACUAGAUCCAUUCCCCAUAAUUUAUGAACUCUCUAUUUUGUUUUCCUUGUCUUCAUUUUUUCGAUAGCUCGUUCAAUGUCGUCUUCUUCUAUCAACUUACGAAACUCAUUCUCGUUCUAACGUGUGUUCACGGGAUACAGUUUUAAAUUGCUUUUCGUAAUUCUCCUCCAUACCUUCUGGAUGAAAUUACUUUCAGCGACUAUUUUCUAGUACUCAUUCUAAAUAUUUCUUAUUUCUUUACUUUUUCGCUCUCUCAAUGCACUGGUUCUAUACCAGAAUAAGUUUAUAUUUUCACCAUGAUACUGGUUCAAUUUCUCUCUAAAUUCUUCAAAAAAUUAAUUUUUUUAACGUUACCUUGGUCUUGUUCCUUCCGAAUACAUAUGUCGGCCAUUUUUCUGAGGGUUUGUUGUUACAAUGGUUUUAAUUUUUCACUUCACCAAAUAGUACUUGCCGGAAGCAAUGUACAAAUGUCACUCCACCUUGUUCAGUGGACUAAAAUCCUUUGUUUGCAGACUAUUGUGUUUUUGUUUUUAUGAAUGCUAUAUGAGCAUGUCAUUGUACUCACAAAAUUCUAUUAUCAGGCGCCCGAUAAUUUUUUUUACGUUCUCGCCUUCGUGAGGAUCCAUCCCAUCACACCAUGUGGUGAUCGACUGACUGUGCAUUGAAAUUUCCAGUAAUAAGAAUACUCCAAUUAUUAUUUUUGUUCUUAACCACAAUACGCUCCAGGUCUCCAUAAAACUGUUCUUUAUCUUAAAACAUAGUUAUGCCAAAUUGAACAAUUAUAUAAGUAGGUAUGUUUGUAAAAAAAAAACCUAUAAUCACAAAAUGACAACACAAACUUCACACAUUGUGAGAAUCUUUCAAUUAACAAAGACAAUUGCAGAAACAGCUGAGGCAUCUUCCCCUUCUAUAUUUCGUCACUGGUUUCUGCAGCUUUUUAAAAAACAUUUUGAGGUUAAACUGUGGCUUUUUAGCUUCACUAUUUCUUGUGGAUUACUUCCUACCUACAUGGGUUACUCCUUCCUCCAAAAGUCUUGUAGGAUACAAGUUUUCGAAUAACUAGUGAUUUUUGAUUUAAAGUUAAUCAUUGAAACCGCGUUUGGCAUAUUUUUGAAGAAUUUUUAUGCGUAUAUUAUUACUUUUAAUUACUAUUAGUUCGUUGCAGUAUUUGCCCAAUUAAGGAAAUACAUCCAUCUGGAAGUAUAUGCUGGCGCUGACUUCAUUAGUGUUCAGUAUUGGAACUAAUUUUUCUAUAACCUGAGUUUAAGAUUUAUUUUGACAUCCUAUCAGUUUUAUCUUAUACAGAUUUACUCUAUGAUGUCUCUUAAAUUAUUUAAUACCAACAUCAUCAGACUAGGUAAUCAGUACGGAUCUAUUCUCAGUGAUGGAAUUUUCAAAACGAACAAUGGAAUAUUAUUUAAAGUUUAUGGUGCAUCUAUCACUAGUAAAGCAUUUAGAGAAGUAAAAAAAAAACCGGCCCCAUAUCCUUACAAAGAGAAACCUUAUGGUCCAAUCAGAAGUUUAUUUGAUAGAACAAUUUCUAGGUUGGAUGAAAAUUCUAAAAUUAUUGUUGUUGAAGGAUCAAUAGCUGUUGGUAAAACUAAAUUUGCCAAAGUACUAGCUGAAGAGCUGGAUUUUUAUCAUAUCGAAGAUGCAAAUAUGGAUAUAAGAUACAUAAAUUCAUAUGGCGAUGAUUUGCGGCAAUUGGAUAGUCAACUACCUUUAUCAGUGCAAAGUUAUGAUGAAAAAAAGUUUUGUAAAGAGCCUAAACAUCUGAACACUGCAGCGUUUCAAGUGUGGAUGUACAAACUGCGAUAUUCAUUGUAUAUUGAUUCUCUUGCUCAUUUGUUGAGUACAGGACAAGGAGUUGUCAUAGAAAGAUCACCUUGGAGUGAUAUAGUUUUUCUGGAAGCAAUGUUUAAGAGUGGUUAUGUUAGUAAAAAUGCCAGAAGGGGAUAUCUGGAAGUUAGAAAAAAUACCAUCCGAGAACUUCUGAGACCACAUUUAGUAAUAUUCCUUGAUGCUCCUGUAAAUAAGAUUAAAGAGAAGAUCAAACGUCGUGCUCUUAGUCAUGAGCAAAACUCUCCAGCACUUACUGAUCAGUACCUUCAGGAUUUAGAAGAUAUAUACAAGACAGAAUACCUCGCAAAAGUUAGUUCAUAUGCUGAGUUACUGAUGUACGAUUGGUCUGAAGAAGGUGAUGUUGAAGUUGUUGUUGAGGAUAUUGAAAGGAUUGACUUUGAAGGCUACACUGUGUAUGAUGAAAAGUUUACUGAUUGGUUUAUUGGCAAAGAACAGAACUGGGCUGAAGCAAGAAACAGAUAUGCAGACAAAAAAGGUCAAUUGAUGCAUGGUUUAAACGUUCCAUUCCUUGAUGCACCUGAGCUAAUAGCCCCUGGUGAAGAUAUGGCCACAUACUAUAAUGUUGUGAAUAAUUCUCCUCAAUUCCGCUAUUCAGAGGGAUUUGAUCCUGCUCGUGAUUCGAAUCUUCUAUUUAAACUGUCAGGUUCAAAGUAUGUGAAGUACUGAAAUGUUAAUAUUGUAUUUAAAAAUUAAUUAAUUUGAAAUACAAGUAAAUUGUAUAUAGAAACAUGAAAAUAAAUAAUAAGUUGUAAGGAUGCCAUUAUCUCUUCCUUCUAAUAUUUUGUUAAUUUAUUUAUAGAAUUGAGUAAUAAAAGUUUAUUUUUUAUUUGUUGGAAAAUUUA